CUACAAGUGCAUCUACUAUCAUACAGUGAGUCGUAAUGAAGCAGAGGAGAGACUGAGUCAAGCAGACACUCAAGCAGAGUUACUAUCCAGCACUAUCGUAUGAACAACGAGUUUAAUAAGUAUUAUACAAGCCAUGAUCUCAAGUUUGACUCACUCAAUGACCUAGUACAUCACUACAUGAUGAAAGCUGAUGGUCUGGCCUCCUCACUAACAGUUCCUAUACCCAAACAAGCAAACACACCCAUUGCAAUGAAUAAAGAGUGGGAAAUUAAAAAGUCAAAAAUUACGUUUUUUAAAUGCAUACAUGUAGGAAAGUUUGGAGAGACAUGGAAGAGUGAUUGUAAAGGUAAAGGGCCAGUUACGAUUAAAACAAACAUAGCAACAAAUAUUACGCAAGAAACAUUUCUUGAUGAGGCCAACAUACUGGGAAAACUUCAUCAUAAGAACAUCAUCAGUCUAUAUGGUGUUUGCACUGAAAGCUAUCCUUUUUAUAUUGUAACAGAACCAAUGAAUGGAAACCUCAAAGGUUACCUAACUACAAAUAACACUACACCAGCAGAGUUGGUAGAUAUCACUAUUCAAGUUACUGAUGGUAUGAAGUAUCUAGGAGAACAAGAUUACAUUCAUUGUGAUCUAAGAGCCAUCAAUAUACUAUUAGGAGAUCAUAACACUCUCAAGAUAGCAAACUUUCAUCUUGCUCAACACCUCAAUAGCAAUAAAUACUGGACUAUUGAGAAAGGAACUAAGCUAGCUAUAAGAUGGACAGCACCUGAAGGAUAUGCUUUAAACCGACUGAGUAUUAAAUCUGAUGUUUGGUCAUUUGGUAUAUUACUAUGGGAACUGGCUACCAAAGGGGAUCUACCAUACCGUGGUAUGACUAAUAAAGAAGCAGUAGAAUUAGUGUCAGAAGGUGAUCAUAUAUUCAUACCCCAGGAUUGUCCUGAACGAUUUGAUCAACUUAUGAUCAACUGUUUGAAAUAUUAUGAUGACAAGAGGCCAAACUUUAAAGAUAUCUUUGAUGUACUUAUCACAUAUGAUACCCACGAUACUUAAUGAUAUAUACAUGUAUAUUGACAUUAAGUCGUUACAGCCUAGGAUAUUAGUCCCCAUCCUAUUUUACCUUUCAUCAUUGAUUCAUUGCUCAAAA